GCUGGACAACAGAAGGACGUCGUGUUGUGGUGUGUGAGGUGUCCGUCGGUGCCAUCAUUUAACGCCAACUUCAUCAACUGCAAACAAUGGCGACCACGAAGGGUUCCCCUGGCACAACAGACGCUCGGUGUCGUCCUAUUGCUCAUUCUGCCCAGUGCAUUCGUAGUGGUAGCGCAAGCGGAACCGAUCCUGAAGAUCCGCACGACUGAGUUUACCCGGUACAAUGAGGUGAUUGAAUAUCAAAGCUCAACGUCGUACAAUCCGCGCGGUAUGGCACCGCUGUACGAAAUCACCAACCACGUGAUCGAUCUGUUCGUGGACGAGAAUCCCAUCCCGGAUGGAUACAUCACCGUCCAGGGAGGCGCGAUUGCCGCAGGACCGAACGUUUCGGACAACAAUUGGGGCCCGCUGCUGAAGCAGUACUGGGCGAUCUUGCUCGUGGCGGCGCUGUGCAUCAUCAUGAUUGCGAUAAUGCCCAUCAUGGGGCUGUGCUUGUGUUGCUGCCGUUGCUUCGGCGGAUGUGGCGGACGUUCGCAACCGUUCGACAAGAAACACGAUACCUGCCGUCGAGCAAUUUUGGGCUUCCUGCUGAUCUGCUCAACCUCAGCUUUGGUAUUCGGUGUGGUGGUUGCAUUCGUUACCAACAGCUACAUGCAGCAUGGGGUGGAAAACGUCACUGUUUCCGCUCGCCAUGCGGUGCACGAUACGCGGCUGUACCUGAAGAGCACCUCGUCCCACAUCGAUCACGUGCUGAACAAAAACUACCAGGAGCUGAACAACGAUCUCAAGCAGAUGCUGAACGAUGCGUCCGGUAACAUUAUUACCCGGCUGGAGGAAGAAUCGCAGGCCGAAAAGCUAACGACGCUGUACCAGUUUGUCGAAACGUUGCCCGAAAUUCGUGCAAGCCUGGAGAAGAUGAAGCAGCUCACGAGCGAGCUGCGGAUCACGGCUUCACAGUUGAAUGAUGGACUUCGUGGCGUAAAGCGGGAAUUGCUCACGUCGCUCAACAAGUGUGGCACACAGGAGUGUAUUAAAGUGAUGGACGACUACAAGAUUGGACGGCUCAAUGUGAACGGCAUCGACUACAACUCGAUACAAGACAGAUACUUCCCGAGGCUGCCGGAUUUGUCUCAAAUCAUUGAGAGCGUGAAGCAGCUAACGGACAGCAGCCUGGGCAGUGCCAUCCAGGUCGGUGUCGACCAGAUGAACCAGCUGAAGAGUACGCUCAAGCAGACCGUCCUGGAGAACAUACCGAAGGUGCAGAGCGCUUCGGAUUCGACGGGCAACGCCAUUAGAGAGGUGUCCAACAUGCUCAACUCGCGGCUGAACAAUGUGGCCGACACGCUGGGAAACAAUUCGUACAAACAUCUGGACACGGCGGACGAGUACAUUGAGCAGUACAGCAUUUACCGAUACUAUGCCGGGCUGGGCAUUAGCUCGGUGUUGCUGCUGAUUUUGAUCUGUCUGGUGUUUGGUCUGUUGUGCGGCAUUUGUGGCAAGCGUCCGGAUGGGUAUGGGGACGAUUGCUGCAACAAGGGUGCCGGUGGAAGAUUCCUCAUUUUUGCGGUUGCCAUCAUCUUCCUUACGUUCUCCGUUAUCUUGGCGGUGGCGUUGGCUUCCUUCCUGGUGGGCACGCUAACGCGGCGUGCCGCGUGCGAUUCCCUGCACGAUCCCGCCAACGAUCAGAUCGUGAACUAUCUCGAUCAGUUUGUCGAUUUGAACGGGCUGUACGCGGACCUGCGGGCGCAGGCCGAACGCUCGCGGACCAAGCUGCAGGUCAGCGAUAAGGUGGAACCGAUACACAUCGGCGAACUGAUUGUGGCCUGCCGGGAGAAUGGAUCCAUCUACAAGGUGCUGAAGUUGAACAACUUCGUGGACAUUGACACGAUCCGGGAGUUCCCCGAGCUGUACGGCAUUACGCGGGAGCUGAACGCGCUGACGCACAAGAUUAAGAUCGAGCCGGUAAAAAUUCUCACACCGGAAGCAACGGAAGACAUUCAAGCGCUGAAGGCGUCCAAGCUGAACGAUUUCGAUGUGGAUAAGUUUACUGACAAUUUGACGUACAACAUUACCGAGUACAACCUGAACGAGAUUGCCGACAAGCUGCGGGACGUUGCGAACCGUGUACCGCCCGGAAAGGAGAUGAACGACAUUAAAGUGAACCUGAAGAAUCAGGCUCUGCAUCUGUCUUCCUAUCAGACGAACCUUGUCGAUCCGAUAAUUGCCUCUACGAACGAGCUGAUUAAGCUGUCGACCACGCUGGACAGCAGCCUGAAGUUCGGGGAAACAUCGUUCUCCGCCGCCAUCGAGAAGUUCCUGGUGCAGAUCAAGGAGGCUGAGUUUUACAUCAACAUCACGGGCCGGAAUUUCGUGCAGAACGUCACCGAGGAGCUGGUUACAGGGUUCACCAACCAAAUCUACGCGUACAUCAAGUUUGUGAUCGACUCGACCCACAACGAUAUUGGGCUGUGUGGACCGAUGUACAACGUGUACGAAUCGGUGAUUGUUGCAUCGUGCAAUCGUAUCGUGGAUCCAUUCAAUGGAUUCUGGGCUGGAGUGGUGUGGUGUUUGCUACUGUUCCUGCCCUCAAUCAUUUUCGGCGUGAAGCUGUCGACGCUGUACCAAAAGUCAGAUCCUUACCCGGGGCCGAUGGUUGAAUCUGAGUAUCUGUACGAUGCCUACACCGAGCGUGAUAACAUUCCUCUUGCGAGUGGUCCAAAAAAUAAACGCCGCAAGAAGCAGGAUCGUCGCCGCGAGUCGCGUGAUCGCCGGGACAUCUACUACGAGGAGGGCAGCCCAUCGCACAGCCGUGACCCAAGGUACAACGAUAUGGCUCCGAAAAAUUGGGAUGGAGCACCGCCACGAUAUCAGAACCCUCCGAUGGCUCCACCGGCAGCAGAGUAUGAACGACCGCCACCGUACUACUACCCCGGUGCACCGAGUGAGCAUGAGUAAAGCUUACACACACAUACACCCCCCCCCCCUUCCCUCCUUCAUUCGCCCAAGGUUCCAAGAAUUGGGAGUAACAGCUGCUCCGUACAAAACCGAACGAUCGCUUCUUCGACAAACUCCCGAGGGUGUCGUGCGAAGGCUCAGCUUGCAGCACGCCCUCAUCUGAUUCGUCGUUGCAUUAGGGCAUAUUCUUUUACUCUUAUUUACAUAAAUUUUGCCAUCGACUACUACAGCAGCAAGGGAUAGUUUCGCAAUCGAUAUCGACUACAUAAUCGUUUAUAUUCUUAAACAAUAUACUCAACUACUUGUGUGUGCGUAAGGCGAACGAAUAAUGCCCCCGGGAAGGGCAUUCCAAACCCAUAGGGCGGCAGACGCAGCGUUCUGUGAGCGUUAUGGAAUUAAAUUCUAUUUUUCUACAUUCUUUUGUUUUAAAAGCGUAAACGAUUGGCAACAGAAAAAAAAGCAUUUAAAGCUACAAGGAUAGAUAAAGGUGAAAUGAAUCUCACGGUGAGAGAGAGAGAGAGAGAGAGUAGAAUGAGCACCGAUCAUUAAACUACACAAUUUGGGUAUAAUCGGGGUUGAUUUGGUUUCGUCUUAAGGGAACGCUAGCUACACAGUUCAUUCCAAAAAAAGAUCAACCGAUUCGAACGAGAUCAAUCAAAAAACACGCGCGCGCGUGCUGUCUGUUGCUCAACGACGUUAAUUUACCGGGAAGGAGUAAGCGAACUAUCGUACCCGCACGGUGUUGUAGCUGUAGUAGAUUAUAUGUACGACGAUCGUGCGCGAUCAAUCUUGUCUGUUUGCCAGGACAAGCAACUCUCAUACUGCCCUAUUCGAAAGAGAUUCAUUACUGAAUGCUUCACGCACUAUUACUACCAACAUUUACUGUGCUCUGCCCAAUCUCGCAAUCUGGCUAGAACGAUCUCUCCGGCCGUAGAACCUGGUAGGGUGGACAUUGCUCAGUUUAUAUCACAUCCGUACACUUAUUUCUGCUGACGGUGACCGGGUGUUGUGUCACCGGGAAGUACAGGAGAAUGGGAGGAUUGAACGUCCUGGGGCAGUACACAGGAUGCAGCGACGUUCCCUGUGCUUGUAUAAUACCCAAGGCUGAUUAGCUGUAUUAUGUGUAUGCGCGUGUAAGUAAAAUUGCAAAGAAGGAAAUGCUGCUGUCGUCUGCAUUAAAGACUAAUUUGCAAUGAGUUUUACGUUUGGCGUUGUUCCUCCCAAAGGAGAGGACACAGCUGUUUUUUUUUGUUCACACACCCUUUUAAAGCAAGUAGCAGAAUCUCGCGGUUUAGUUUGUUAGUUUGCUCGUGAUUUUAUGUUUUGUUUUUGGCAUUCAGCAAUUUGCCCAAUUCAUCCCCUGUACCGUACACUGGUGGAGCCUGGAUUAAAUCUAGCAGCGCGGCUAGCAGUGCUAGCAGUUUAAUUUUUAAACAAUCGGAUCGUUCGUUUAGUUAAUUUAGUAUAUUUUAUUUUAAAAAUUAGGACGAAAAAUUAUGCGAAGGCGUCAUUAUUUAGUUUAAUUUGUUGUGCACGGCUAGUAGAGGUAUCGGAUGUCGGUUUUCUUCUUAGGUUCGAAAAAAAAGGUAGACCUUUUAAUUCUGCAAGUGGUGAUAUGGAGAAGCGCCGCCAAGCCGCUUUUACCAACGGUUUUUUCCCCCUCUCCUAAGCGUAUAUACAAAACGGUGAAGAAUGUGUGCGAAAUUAUCAUGCUCAGUAAACGUAACGAGGUCCACACAUUACGUUGAAGUUAAGUAAAUCUAAAAGUUUGAAAAAUCCUCACUCGGGACGGCUCGAGGUUCAAAUCCUCUUCCUUUUUUUUUUUGGUCGUUGUCGUGCGUUUUGCCCAUAGUUCGUCGAGGAUUUUAGUGUAGUGCUGCGGAACGGUACGGAGACUUUCUUCUUAACCUUAAGCUAUAUAGCAAAAAUGCAAACAAAACCAACCAAAAAAGCACCGAAAGCAAAACUUUCACAAACCUAUCGAUGUGACAAUGCGUGCUUCUUCUGGCCGGAAAAACGGAUUCUAAAUGUACGAACGAUAGUGCGUACGCAAAGUAAAUUACAGACAAACCAAUUUUUAUCCUUCUUACUAAAAAACAAACCAUCCCGUGUUUGAGCGCCACCCAAACCAAACGCGAGGCGAGCAUACGUGCGCCCUCAGCACACAACCAUAUAUGUAUGUAGACAGUAAACACAACAGAACAAUGCAACAAUUGUAUGUAAACAUAAACAAAAAACAAGAAGAGAAUCCACACAUCGGUGGCUCUCGCAUUGAAGUAACGAUGUAACGAAAACUAUUGAGGGAGAAUUUAAAAGGAGACUACAAAAUUGGAAUUCGAAAAUAACAAACAAACAAAACAAAAAUUCCAUUCCAAAUCGCAUCAAUGUGUUGAACGCGUGGGGAGAAGCAUUUAUUCGUGUAUAAUUCGUGUACCUACUAAAGGAUGUCUCUGUGUGAGUGCGGUGGCAAACAUACAAUUCGAUUUCAUCCCAGCAACCCGUCUUCGUACAAGCAGCAGAGAAGCGAUUUAACACACGUACAUAGUAACCCGGGAAAAAGUGUUUUACGCAGAAGAUAUGGCAAAAAUGGCAUGUUCUAAUCGGUAGAGAAAAUCCAAGCGAAAGGAAGGACAAAAUAUGCCACCUUCUUUUUCAGUGUGUGUAAUACAAAGAAAUAGCAUACCGCAGAGAGGAGGACCGCGAUUAAACACUAUGGCAACAUAACAAGCAAACAAGCAAACAAACAAAAAAACCAACUAAAGUGAUACAAAACUAUAAAUAAAAAAAUGACAACGGUAAACACAUAAUCAUCCAAA